AUGCGUUCCGCCGCCGUUAUCCUUGCCUUCGCAGCCCUCUCUAUGGGUCUCACCAUCAAAACAGAGCGCCGCCAGGAUGAUGUGAAUUCUAUCUUGGCCGCACUCGAGCAGGAAUCUCCUGAUGAUGCGGCUGCCGCGAGGGGUGCAAUCAAGCGUCAAGAAGAUAUGGAGUCGAUCCUCGCUGCUCUAGCUGCCAACAACCCUGACGAUGCUGCCGCUGCCGCUGCUGCCUUCGGGGGUGGUGCUUCCACUCAGAAGAGAAGCGAGGAGACCCCCGAGGAGCUUGCUGAAGAUAUGGAGUAUGGUGAAGAUAUUGCGAAAAGAGCUCAGGAGACGUCUGAGGAAAUUGCGGAGGACGAAGCGUAUGGGGAAGAUGUCGCGAAAAGAGUUGAGGAGACGCCUGAGGAAAUUGCGGAGGACGAAGCGUAUGGGGAAGAUGUCGCGAAAAGAGUUGAGGAGACGCCUGAGGAAAUUGCGGAGGACGAAGCGUAUGGAGAGGAUAUCGCGAAAAGAGCUCAGGAGACGCCUGAGGAAAUGGUGGAGGACGAAGCGUAUGGUGAAGAUGUUGAUAAGCGACAGGACGACGUUGCUUCAAUUCUGGCCGCUCUCCAGCAGGAGAGCCCUGAUGAUGCUGCUGCUGCUGCUAGCGUUUUCGGCAGGCGCCAAAUUGAAGAGGAAGAGGAGGAAGAGGAAGACGAAUAA